AUGAGAGUCGUGAUGCCAAAAAUCUGUAUAAUCGGCGCCGGAUUCGCCGGACUUCGUGCCGCCCGUCACUUUGAGCAACUCGGCCUGGACUACCUGAUUCUUGAAGGUUCGGAUCGGGUCGGUGGACGUGUCUACCCAUUCGAAUACCAAAAUGGAUACCUUCACCAUGGAGCAGAAUACGUUAACGGGUUGGAUAAUGAGAUUUAUGGAAUUGUGGAAAAGUUUGAUCUUCUGGACAAGGUUCAGUCUAGAACCAAAGACUUGUGGAUGUUGGAUGAAGAAGGGAUCGUAGUGGUUGAUGGGGAAAAGGUUGAGGAAGAAAAGCUGAAAAUCUUCCGGGGAUUUGUAACUUCUCUCAAUGAGCUUCUCUACCUCAAAUCUCAAGAACCCAACCAAGAUUCUAGUGUUGAGGAACAAAUCGAAGAGAAUCUUCAAAAGUUCCUUUCCACUAUUCCCCCUGAAGACCAUAACCUAUUCAAACAACUCUGUGGAAUCUACAAGAACUAUUUCCAAGUGGAAUGGUCCAGUCCAAUUCAUGAACUAUCCCUUUUCAACCUCUCCACCUGGGAUGAUGGCACCGAUGACGAAGACUCUGCAGUUCUCAACGAACUCGGCUUCCAGAAGAUUCUCGAAGAAUUCCAAUCCAAAAUUCCCAAGGAAAAAAUUCGACUGAACUCCCCAGUAACCAACAUCGCUUCCGACGACGUUACAGUAACCCUAGAAUCCGGAGAAGUCCUUAAAUUUGAUGUGAUCCUGUUGACAUGCUCUCUAGGAUACCUAAAAGCCCAUAUGAAGACGUUGUUCACACCAGAGCUGCCACGUGGCAAGGUAGAAGCCAUAGAGCAAAUGGGCUUUGGGAACAAUUUGAAGGUGUUUCUGGAGUACGAGUCGAUUUGGUGGCCGAAGGAGAUGUCGACGAUAAUGAUUUGUUCUGAGGAGAAGAAUUUUAUGGUUUUUCAGCCGAGUUCAUGGGCGGAGAAUAUUCUUGUCUGCUGGAUCGCUGGAAAUGGUCCGAAACAAAUCGCAAGCCUCUCCGAUGCUCAACUCAAAACCCUCCUUGACAAUCACCUCGCACGUCAUCUGAAGGCGAUUUGCCACGGGGAACCAUCCAAACGAAUUUUCCGCAAAAACUGGAUGACAGAUCGAUUCGCCUGCGGCAGCUACUCGUAUAUUACACCCGGACAGUCGGGACCACAGGUUAUUCAAACAAUCGGAGAGCCUAUUUGGAGGGCGGGACGGUAA